CACAAACUGAGCAGAGGAGAAAUUAUUCUGUGGUGUAAUCCAUCUGCUGGUCAAAGGGUGCUGCCAAAUGUGGCAAGAGACAUGCCGUCGUCCUCACAUCUGGAUUCGUCGGCAUUAAUGUCCACCCCCUGGUAAAAGUGGGGAAUUCUCCGAAUCAGCCUGAAGCGCAGACUGGGGGGAUGCCUAAAGUAGCUUCUCCCUCUGGGACUUCGUUGUCAACGGAGUUGUCCUCGCGCAGGUAUGAGGCCUGGGCAAUACUUUCCAUGUACUUCAUGUCUAAGGACACGAGUCCAGCUGAGCGCAAUGCACACAACUAGCGGGGUCGAUGGGAGCCUCCAUAGCGUCCCGGACGUGUAAUGCCUGCAGUUGCCAGGGUGAGCGUUGCUAGGCUUUUGCUGCUUUUUCUCCCCUUUCCCUGACGACUUGGCCGGUAAGCCUGUUGGACAUUGCGUUUCGACAGGACGGACAAAAGCAAACGGAAUUACCGGGGGGCUAGCUAGCCACUCCACGCGCUGCUCCUACAAUGGGAAUUUGGGAGAGACACUGGGUAAUGUGAGUUUGAGCCAGGUACGACUCCAAGUUCAGAGUGUGGACAGACCUCUGUACCGCGGCACAUAUCAUUGCUUCCAGUCUAUCGUAAGGCAAGAGUCGAUGACUGGUCUGUACAAAGGCAUUGGCUCCCCCAUGAUGGGUCUGACCUUCAUCAACGCCAUCGUGUUCGGUGUCCAGGGCAAUGCCAUGCGCAGGCUGGGCCACGACACGCCGCUCAACCAGUUCCUGGCCGGGGCGUCGGCGGGCGCGUUGCAGAGCGUCAUUUGCUGCCCCAUGGAGCUGGCCAAGACGCGCAUGCAGCUGCAGGGGUUGGGUGAGAGGAAGUCCAAGCAGAAGCUGUACAAGAACUCUCUGGACUGCCUGGUGCGCAUCUACCGGAAGGAGGGCUUCCGCGGUAUCAACCGGGGUAUGGUGACCACGCUAGUCCGCGAGACACCGGGUUUCGGGAUCUACUUCCUGACCUACGAUGUACUGACGCGCUCUCUGGGCUGCGAACCCGAUGACCCCUACAUGAUCCUCAAGUUGCUGUUUGCCGGAGGCAUGUCGGGCAUCACUUCGUGGAUCUCCACCUACCCUGUUGACGUCAUAAAGUCCCGGCUCCAGGCGGACGGCGUGGGCGGCCACAACAAGUACAAUGGCAUCGCUGACUGUGUGCGUCAGAGCCUGAAGCGGGAGGGCUGGCGGGUGUUCACGCACGGCCUCACCUCCACGCUGCUCCGGGCGUUCCCCGUCAACGCCACAACCUUCGCCACCGUGACUCUGUUCCUCAUGUACAUGCGAGACAAUGAGGGCGCCGUCAAUGACUGCGAGCCCCAGCCUGCCCACUCCUCUCUCACUGUGAGCCCACAGCAGGGCCAGCCCUCAAGCUUGUGAAUGGGAGAAGGUGGUGUUUCUGCUCUGGUGACCCUUAUUGGGUUGGAAGUGGUCCCAUAAUGCACCAGCUAAUAAGCUGAUGUGACUUGACCGCUCAACGUCAGCUUCACGAAGGCUAUUUUUACAAGAUGUAUGUAUGUUCAGAUGGUAAACCGCGCUUGUAAAUACUUGUCCCAUUUUGACCCCUGGUUUUUACAGGGUACACUUUUUAAAAAUUAUAUAUAAUUUAGUCUUUUUGAGAAGUAAUUGGGGAAAGAAACUAGCAGUGAAAAAGCACAAAUGUCUGACCUAGUCAUCCCUUAUGAAUGUAUAGUGGGGCAAAAAAGUAUUUAGUCAGCCACCAAUUGUGCAAGUUCUCCCACUUAAAAAGAUGAGAGGCCUGUAAUUUUCAUCAUUGGUACACUUCAACUAUGAGACAAAAUGAGAAAUUCAGAAAGUCACAUUGUAGGAUUUUAAUUUAUUUGCAAAUUAUGGUGGAAAAUAAGUACUUGGUCAAUAACUUAUCUCAAUAAUUUGUUAUAUGCCCUUUGGCAAUGACAGAGUUCAAAUGUUUUCUGUAAGUCUUCACAAGGUUUUCACACACUGUUGCUGGUAUUUUGGCCCAUUCCUCCAUGCAGAUCUCCUCUAGAGCAGUGUUUUGGGACUGUUGCUGGGCAACACAGACUUUCA